AUGGCAACCCUCAAUGCACAAGAAGUUCAAUCGGUGGUAAGACCUCCUUUCUUUGAUGAAGGGGUUGACUUGUGGGAUGUUAUAGAAAAUGGGCCAUUCAACCCAACUAAGAUUGUAGAUGGUGUGCAUAGUGCUAAGCCUAAGGGUGAAUGGAGUGAGCAAGAGAAAAUAAGAGUGGCUUUAAAUGAUAAGUUAAUCCCAAAGAGGAUCUUUAAGAAGGACAAGGGUGAAAGCAGCAAGAGGGAUCCUCCCAUAUGCUUUGAAUGCAAUAAGCCAAGUCACAUUAGAACGGAUUGUCCCAAAUUGAAAAAGCCUUUUAAGAAGUUCAAGAAGAAGGCACUUAAAGCAAUAUGGGAUGAAUCAAGUGACUCCGAAGAUGAGGAGAUUGGUGAUCAAGUUGCCCAAAUGUGCUUCAUGGCAAUAGAGGAAAGCUCCAAUGAGGUAACUUUAAAUGAUGAUGCUGUUGAAUUUUCUUAUGAUGAACUAGUUAAUGCACUUAAAGUUAUGAAUGAUGAACUUGAGUUGAGUCAUAAGAAAAAUAAGCUCUUGAAAAAGGAAGUAGUUUGUUUGAAGAAAGAAAAUGAGACCUUAACUAAGGAUGAUAAACCUUUAGGAGAUGAUAUGCAAAAAUCCUUAGAGGACCUCUCAUUAGAAAAUGAGAAGUUGAAAAAUGAAAUUACUGAGUUAAAAACUUUUCUUUCUAAAUUUGCUAAAGGUAAGGACAAACUUGAUGCAAUUUUGGACUCUCAAAGGUCUCCUAGCAUCAAGUAUAGACUUGGCUAUAGUAAAUUUGCCCAAGCACCUCCUUCCAAGACCAUCUUUUUUAAAGCAUCUAGUUCUAAUGAGCCUAGUCCCCAAGUGCCUAGUCCAAAGGUGUCCAAUCUUAAAGGACAAGAGCGAAAGAAAUUUUGUGGUAAUGAAACUAGAAAGACUUCAUUUCAUCAACAUUCUUCUAGACAAAAUGUGUGUUUGAAAUCCUCAAAGCUUGAAAGCAAGUGGUGCUUAUAUAGUGGAUGUUUAAGACACAUGACCAGAAAUGCCAAUCUCUUCCUUUCACUUGAAAAGAAAGAUGGAGGUGGGCAAGUGACUUUUGGUGAUAAUGGUAAAGGUAAAAUUGUGGGAAUAGGUAAGGUUGGUAAGGAAAACUCGCCUAUUCUUGACAAAGUGCUUUUGGUUGAUGGUUCAAAACAUAAUUUGCUUAGUGUUAGUCAAUUAUGUGAUAAGGGUUGCAGAGUUGUUUUUAAGUCUAAAUCUUGUUUUGUGUCUAGGAUGAGUGAUAACAAAAUGUUGUUUAUUGGUAAAAGAAUUGAAAAUAUUUAUGUUAUUGAUUUACAUGCUUUGUCUAACAAAGAUGCCAAGUGUUUUGUUUCUAUUAGUGAUGACUCUUGGACUUGGCAUAGAAGGCUUGCACAUGCUAGUAUGGACCUUCUUGUAAACUUGAACAAGGAUGAGCUAGUCGAUAGGCUACUAAAGAUCAAGUUUUAA